AUGAAAGUUUUCACAGCGGAUUUAAGUGAGGUGUUACUUGCUGAACACCGUGACGAAGGAGAAACUGAUUAUUUAGCAAGGGAAUUAUCACAAAUUGUCAAAGAUUUAUUAGGUACGCGGUUCUGGAUUUCUUAUUGGAAUUACUACCCGCUUCUAGCAGGUACUUUGUAUUACGCUGUCACGUUCUUGUCAGCAGUGCAAACAGUUGGUGAAGAAUAUACUGCGCUUUUACCACUGGUAUCAGUUCGACAGCAUAAAGUACCAGUCUUCACUCGUCGUUUAAUUUUUAUCCUUUCAUUUUCUGUGGCACCAUUACUGAUUGAAAAAAUCCUCGAGAAAAUUGAAGGCAGUUUGAAAAAUUCAUUGACUACCAACGAAACUCUUUUUUUUGAUAGGAAGCAAAGAAAUCUUCGCAAAACUCUGCUUAACUCUGUUAUCUCGAUCAGGUGUAUUGGUAUUCCAGUGUUGCAUCGUUUGAAUUUAGCAUUGUUUUACUUAUUUGGAACCUAUUAUUAUAUUUCAAAGCGUCUAAUCGGUUUGCAAUACGUUUCAUUUCGAGCACAGUCAAAUUAUCAGGCUUUAUCGUAUUUCCGUUUUUUUGGAGCAAUAAACAUUGCACAACUUGUUUCAAGUGCAGCAAUUUGGAUUCGAGACAGACGGAGAAAACAGCGUAGUGAGGAAGCAACUGCUGGAUUCAGACAAAUAUCUGAAUCUGGAAUAUCGGAAGUGGCGGACGAAUUGCUUGCAUACAAUUCAUUCCGGUGUUCACUUUGUUGGAAGUACAAUAAGCCACCUAUUUGUAUUCCUUGCGGACAUUUGUUCUGUUGGAAUUGCAUUUCAAAGCAUAUACAAUUUGCUAUCACUGAUAGGGUGUUAACAUUUUGUCCACACUGUCGAGAAGAAUUUCAUCAAAGUCGAGUAAUAGUAAUUAUGAAUGUUUCCGCUGUGAUUUUAAGAAAAUUAUUGUGCGGAAAUGCAAAAUGGGUAUUUGGAAAAGGAAUUUUUCGAUUUUCAUCAUUGGUUAAAUCAAAAUUAGAAAAUAAAUAUUACCCAGUAAUCUACGUCGCUGGUAUCCAGCCAACUGGAGUUCCACAUCUGGGUAAUUAUUUUGGCUUCAUCCAGCACUGGAUCAAUUUACAAAAUGAUAGCCACUCGAAACGAAUGUAUCUUUCUGUUGCUGAUUAUCAUGCGAUUUCGAUGGGCUUCAUUGAUCCUCUCGAAAUGAGAAAUAACAUUUUAAAAAUGGCUGCAAGUCUAUUAGCUUGUGGACUGGAUCCGGAAAAGACGAUUUUGUUCCAGCAGAGCAGAGUGGCCGAUCAUGCUAACUUGAUGUAUAUACUGGGAAGUUUGCAGACAGUUGCUAGACUUACUCGAAUGCCACAGUAUAAGGAUAAAGCUGCUGUAUUCAAACACGGUGAUAUUCCUGUGAAUCUGCAAUUAUAUCCUAUUCUGCAAGCAGCUGAUGUAUUACUGUAUAAAGGAACUCAUGUACCAGUUGGCGAAGACCAGACUCAACAUCUGCUUUUGAUGAGAGAUUUGGCUGUCAAAUGCAAUGCUGUUCUUCAUUGUGACUUCUUUCCAAUUCCAGUUCAGGUGAACGCUAGAUGUGCACGUUUAAAGAGCUUACAAAACUCGACAAGAAAAAUGAGUAAAUCGGUGGGUAAUGAUCGAUCUCGUAUUCUAAUCAGCGACACAAAACAAAUAAUUGCCGAAAAGUGUGCAAAAGCUUUGAGUGAUUCGCAAUCCAACAUUACUUAUGAACCGGAAAAGCGUCCUGCAAUCAGUAAUUUAGUAAUUCUCUAUGCUUUAGCGACUGGUCUAACUGUCGAAAAUGUAAUCGAUGAAUGCGCCAGUUUGAAUACGAAAGAAUUCAAAUCAUGUUUGGCAGAAAAAAUUGAUACCCUUAUUGCGCCAUUUCGAGAGAAAUAUGAAAGUCUACUUCAAGAGCCGCAGUUAGUUCGAGAUAUUCUAAUGUUUGGUACUCAAAGAGCCGAAGAAAAGGCGCAAGAAACGAUGGAAGAAUUGAGGGAGUUGUUAGGUUUUAAUUUAUUCCACCCACUAAAUAGCUUUCACCAUUAUAGUGAGAGUGUAACUGUAUAAAGUUGACCAUGACUAUUAUACUACAUCAUUGAAUCUUCUAUGCCCUAUUGUUUAUACAACAGUGUUAGGACAACUGAAAUGUUUAGUUUUCCAUUAAAGCUCCUUAAAUUGUCACUGGUGUUGGUUUUUUUUUUAAAUCUGUGGUUUGCAUGUUUUAUAUUGCUUUACUACAUUUAUUUUUAGUAAAUUCAUGCUAUUUAUAGCUUAAAAACAUAAAUUUCUUCACAAAAGACUCUUUGAAGGAAGUCUCUCACCUCAUUUUGUGGAAGUAUCAGCAAUUAAAUAGUGCAGAGACAAUAUGCCACGAUUAGGAUGAUUAAAGAUGGGAGGUUUCGUAGCACUGUCACUAAAUGACCGCUCCACAGUAGCUAUCGGAAAAAACCGAAGGAAAUUGUAGCACGUCCAAACAGCUAAAUACAUCUGCUGUGAAAUUAUUAUCGGUUUUGUAAAGACCUUAAAUGGAGCUAUUCUCUUAUCAUAAACCCAACCAACUCAUGAG